AUGGCCAAGUGGGGACACGGGGAUCCGCGCUGGAUCGUGGAGGAGAGGGCUGACGGGACCAACGUAAACAACUGGCACUGGACAGAGCGGGACGCAACCAACUGGUCAAAGGGGAAGCUGCAGGAGCUCCUGGUGGGGGUCAUGGUGGAAGAUGAGGUUGGCCGCUGUGAGAUCAGUGACCUGAAGCAGGUGGAAGGGGAGGCCUCCUGCAGCAGCCGCAAGGGAAAGCUGAUUUUCUUCUAUGAGUGGAACAUCAAGCUGAGCUGGAAAGGUACAAUCAAGGAAUCUGGUGCAAAGCAUAGAGGAUCGGUUGAAAUACCCCACCUCUCUGAAGAAAAUGACGUGGACGAUACGGAGGUAAAUGUGAGUAAAAAGAAAGGAGAUGGAGAUUCACUGAAGGAUCUUAUGAAAACGGCUGGGGUGGCCAAGGUCCGAGAAGCCCUUGAAAAUUACCUGAAAGCCCUGAAGACAGAAUUUACAACAGGAAUGAUUUUACCAACAAAGACUGCACCUACUCAGGAACUGACUGCAAAAAGAAAAUUGAGUGGACAUCCUUUUCAGGAUUCGGUAUCUCCAAUGGCUCCGGAAGCAGUAGGCGUGAGGAUUCCAACAGUGACAAUACAGAUGAGGGAGAUGUUCAACACGGCAGUAGAACAGCUGUAUAGCAUCUUCACCAGUAAGGAUUUGGUGCAAAAGUUUUCUAAAUCUUCUGCUGUGAUAAAAGCUGAAAAAGGAGGCAAAUUCCAGAUGUUUGAUGGGAAUGUUACUGGUGAAUACCUAGAACUGUUAUCCAAUAAAAGGAUUGUUAUGAAGUGGCGAUGUAAGAGCUGGCCAGAGGAACAUUAUGCAACUGUUGCACUGAAUUUUGUGCCUGUGGUAGGACAAACAGAGUUACAGCUAAACUGCAAAGGAGUUCCAGUUUGUAAAGAAGAAAGUACAAGACAGUGCUGGGAGAAGCAGCAUUUUGAAGAAAUAAAGAGGCUUACUGUAGCUUUUGGCAACCCUGAACAGUUGAAUUAGCUAGAAGACAUUUUAUAAGGGCAUUACACUU